GUCAUCCCUUUUAACAUAACAGCCAAUUAACAACAAAGAGAACCUUCAUCGUCGGAGUAAACUUGCUGCCCCCUUACAACAAGUGUAGCCGACGACGACGGACUACACAUUUUUUAUAAAUAAGUUGAGAUAUAUAUAUUAACAUCUGGUCGAUCACUGUGCUCUGUAAACACUCAUAUAACAUAAAAUGAAGGCUUUUAGUCAUCUAGCAUACCUGACCCUAUUCACACUAACUGUGCAGAUAGUCAUAGUUGUUAACGCUGGAACUAUUAUAACUGCAGAUACAAAACCAGCACAAUGUGUUAUUACAACCGAUGACAAAAUUCAAGUAAUCAAGGAUGUUGGUUCGGUGUGGCAUACAAAUAAUUCGUGCGUGCGACAUUCCUGUGAGCUCGAUGAAGAUGGUAAUCCACAUGAAAAGCUCCAUGAGGAGACUUGUGUUGUAAACUGUAAAAAUGAAUACGAAUAUCGACCGGAUCCAAGUAAAUGUUGUGGGACAUGUGUUAAAACAAAAUGUCUGCACGAUUCAAAGUUGUAUGAGGUUGGGGAUUCAUGGCACACAGAAUGCACUAUUCUCGAGUGUAGAUUACAUAAUGGAGAAGCGAUGAUAUCUGCUUACACAAAGACAUGUCCUCCGGUCCCAACAAACUGUCCACAAUCCGAUUUGUAUAGGGACAACUGUUGCACUUAUUGCCGUCAAGGUGUCGAUGCCGAUAGGAAAUCCAUUGACAGCGGCUUAUACCCCAAUGACAAGGAUAUCCAAGACAAGGAAUUCUACAAGCAUCAUCCGUGUGUAAGGGAUUGCACUGUGGGGGCGAAGCCCAUGGCUUGUAAAUACACGUUUGUGGUCGAAUGGUAUGAGACUCUCAGCAAUGCUUGCUUUGAUUGCCCAAGCAACAUGACAGAUUGUCGGAGACCACAUUGCAUCACUGGCGAUGGUGUGAGGAGGAGUAUUACCGUGGUUAACAGAAUGAUGCCAGGACCUUCGAUAGAAGUUUGUCUCAACGACACGAUUAUGGUUGAUGUGAAGAAUCAUUUGCUGGGAGAAAGUACGACAAUUCACUGGCAUGGUUUGCAUCAGCGAGAUACACCAUACAUGGAUGGAGUACCACAUGUGUCCCAGUGCCCCAUUCAACCACACACCACAUUCAGGUAUACAUUUGCUGCUGUUAAUCCUGGAACUCAUUUCUGGCACUCCCACACGGGAAUGCAACGAGGCGAUGGUUGCUUCGGACCAAUGAUCAUCCGACAGCCCAGAGAGAUUGAUCCACAUGGAAAAGCUUACGAUUUCGAUUUGCCCGAACACAAGCUACUCAUCCAAGACUGGACCCAUCAGCCGGGAGUGUCGAUGUAUGCGUCACAUUACCACUCUGUUGGAGAUAACAAGCCACCAAACAUUUUGGUCAAUGGCCGUGGACGUUAUUACCCCGAUAUUUUCAAGCAGCAAGCCACAAUUCCAAAACAAAGCCUGCCUGUAGAAAGUACUCCCAGACCGACUGAAGCUUACGCUACACUGACAAUGGAAGAUGACACAACAUCGCCUGAGUUCGAAAACAUCGACAUUGAAACAACGACCCUGCCCGAAGAUGUCAACUUAUUCCAAUCAGAUGUCAAAGAAAACAUGAAAAUGGAACUGCCCUUGCUCAGAGCCAAGCGUUCCAAAGAUAUUAACCUAGAACAAAUCCCUCUGGAAGUUUUCAUUGUAGCUGAGGGCUUUAAGUACCGUUUUCGUAGUAUUAACGCAGAGUUCCUUAACUGUCCCGUUGCUCUUUCGGUGGACAAUCACACACUAACAGUGAUCAACUCGGAUGGAUUUGAUGUUGAGGCAAUCAAUGUGACGUCGGUUGUUACUUAUGCUGGGGAACGCUUUGACUUUAUAAUCCACGCCAACCAACCUGUCGGAAACUACUGGAUCCGUCUGAAGGGCCUCAUGGACUGUGAUGCGCGAUUCACAUCUGCAUUCCAGGUUGCAAUUCUCCACUACCAAGGUGCAGAACGGAACGAGCCCGAAGGUGUGCCACAUUAUGACUUCCAACCCGGUGGUAUCGAGUUGAAUUCCCUUAACAUGGGUCCAGGUUAUUCGGGCUUUGUCACCAUCAACGAAUUAAAAUCUCUUGAAGGAGGCUCACACCCAGCCAUAGAAGAAGAUCGGUCAAUUCUUAAAAAGGAAGCCGACUACAAAUUCUUCGUCUAUUAUGACUUCUAUCCCAAGGACAAUCCAGAUUUCCAUCCCGCUGGUUUGUAUGGCUUUAAUGAAGUGACAAAUGGCAAUCCAGUACUGACACCGCAGUUGAAUCACAUUUCAAUGACAAUGCCAUCGUUGCCACUGAUGCCAGCGCGGGAUAAAAUUGACGAUUCUAUGUUCUGCAAUGAAACGACUUUCCAACAACAGGGAAUCGACUGUCGCAAGGACUUCUGCAAGUGUCAUCAUGUACUGCAGGUGCCUUUGGAUGCAGUUGUGGAGUUGAUAUUGGUUGAUGAGGGAAUAGCCUACGAUGCUAAUCAUCCAUUCCAUUUGCAUGGCAAUGCCUUUAGAGUUAUUGGACUAGAUCGAGUGGGGAAGAAUGUCACCAUUGAACAGAUCAAAGAAAUGGAUAGAUUGGGUCAGCUUCAUAGAAACUUCAAUAGGCCUCCAGUGAAAGACACCGUCACCGUGCCUGAUGGCGGUUACACCAUAAUUCGAUUUAAAGCCGAUAAUCCCGGUUAUUGGUUGCUCCAUUGUCACAUCGAGUUCCAUGCAGAAGUUGGGAUGGCUUUGGUGAUUAAAGUUGGCGAACAUAAUCAAAUGGUGCCCGUGCCAAAGAACUUCCCACAAUGUUCUGACUAUAUACCUGAUAUGGAAGAUGAUGAUGUCUUCGUCACCUCUGACAGUACUGGACACAAUGCAGCUAGCAGUGUAAUAAAUAGGCUAACGAUCUGGUCUUUGCUUUCUGGAGUUGCUUUAAGUUUAAGGUCUUAUUUAACGUGAAUAGAUUAAGGUGGUAGUGGUAUAGUAUUAAUUUGUACAUUAUGUAAAGUGUAUUAUUUUUGUAUUUUGUGCGAAACGUGUGAAAUUAUUCUGACUGAGAUAUUAUAUUUACCUAGUUACCUAAGCGUUGAUAAAAUUUGUACAUAAUAUAAAUAUAUUUAAGAUUUUUAUAA